AUGGCGACCAGGAGAUCAUCGGCAAAGAGACAGCGAACUGAUGAAGCCGACGACAAGAAAGAAAAAUUACCCUAUUUCCCUUCUGCCGCAGAUUUCCUCCGCGACGAGUCCGGAUAUGAAAAUUUGACGUAUGCAGACCUGGCCCCAGAUCUUAGUACCUCCUACGUGGGAAAGUUUCCAGAACCCUCUUCCGCGCCACGGCCUCCGAAACAAACAUGGCCCCAACUGCCUCCCAAUAAGCCGGCCACAGACCCUAACGACUUACCUUUAGAUAAAGGCUGGUCUAUCCUCGAGAAGGAUAUUGAUAAUAACGAUAUUGAUGCACAACUAUCAAGGUGCAAAGAAAGAAUCAAAGAAAACUAUAUGCCUCAAAUAUUUGAGAUCCGACUAAAAGGACUACAAGAGACCCAGAAACAACGAGAGGCAAUGGCAACGAGGAACGGCUUCAAGGGCGGCGACUGGAGUAUUCUUCAACGUGUGAACUCACUGAGGAAGAUAGAAGAAGAACUCGAAAUGGAAGAUAAACACGAUCAGCUUCAGAAUGUACAAGCUUUGCUUCAGUCAUAUCGGGGAGGAGCUCUGCAGUGGCAUCCCGGCUUGGUCACCUAUUGGCAUAAAGGGACUCAACUUUGUCAUCCACGUCCAUUCUAUUGGAAAGAAUUCGAGGUGCUCAAUGCCCACUAUGGUGGUACAUCUGGAUUUUGGAUGGAAGGGUAUGAUGUGGCAGUAAGAAUACCACGCACGAAUUUCUAUGCCGAGUUUGAAUUUGUGUACGAUACCGGGGCAUCUAACGCGGUCAUGUAUCAAGCUGAUAUAGACAUGCUCGAGCGAGCUUCCGGCACGACUGCUCCAUGUAUGGGGUUACAGAAUUGCUCGGGUGUGGGGGGAUCAACCACACGUGGCAUUCCGAAUGUUGAGCUCGAAUUCACGCUUCUCAACUCUACCAAGCAGCGAAUGACAAAAUGGCAGAAAGUGAUGGUUGCCGUCUUUGCAGGCUACAAUACCUGGGACAAUUACCGGUUGGACGGGCCGUGGCUCAGCUUCCUCUUAUACAUGGCAACGGCUCCUCGACACCGUGAUCUGCUACACGUUGCUACUACUAAAAGUGACCUUACGCAAAGGUUGCCUGCUCAAGCUUCACUGAACCCGGUGGUCCAACCGCCGUAUGCAGUUGUGCCGCAAGCCAAUCCCCAACCGCCCUUGGGACCGCUGCCUGGGGGCGCAGUUCCAUUACAAGCGGUAGAGACGAAUAUGCCACCACCGGCCCAGGGCGUCCUGUGA